GACUGUUGUUUGCUCUCAUCCCCAGGUGUGCUGUCCCUGCCGGCCUCCUUCAGCCCGUACAACGACGGCUCUGUGUGCAGCAAUGGACGGGCUGAUGCUUACGCCCAGCUGGAACUCCGAACUUUAGAGCAGUCUCUGUUGGCAACUUGCGUUGGAAGCAUCUCUGAACUGAGUGAUUUGGUAUCACGAGCAAUGCACCACAUGCAGUGCUUGAACACCAUCCGCCCAGGAUUGAGCCCCAUUCGACAAACCCGGCAGCAACAACCCAUCUCCUGGUCCCCUGAUGCUCUCCACACCCUCUACUACUUCCUACGCUGUCCUCAAAUGGAGUCUAUGGAGAACCCCAACCUUGACCCUCCAAGAAUGACCCUGAACAACGAACGACCCUUCAUGCUUCUGCCGCCGCUGAUGGAGUGGAUGAGAGUGGCCAUCACCUACGCUGAGCACCGGCGCAGUUUAACCGUGGACAGUGAUGAUAUCAGGCAGACAGCCAGACUGCUCUUACCUGGACUGGACUGCGAGCCCCGACAGCUAAAACCUGAAUGCUGCUUUAGUUCCUUCCGGAGACUGGAUGCUAAGGCUGCUACUGAAAAAUUCCAGCAGGAUCUGGGUUUCCGAAUGCUAAACUGUGGAAGGACAGAUCUGAUCAACCAAGCAAUCGAUGCACUGGGACCUGACGGGGUUAACACCAUGGAUGAUCAGGGUAUGACCCCACUAAUGUACGCCUGUGCUGCUGGAGAUGAAGCCAUGGUCCAGAUGCUUAUAGAUGCUGGAGCAAAUUUAGACAUACCAGUUCCCAGUACCUCUCCACGAUACCCUUCAGUCCACCCCGACAGCCGGCACUGGACCGCUCUCACCUUUGCUGUGUUACACGGACACAUCUCUGUCGUUCAGCUGCUCUUGGAUGCUGGUGCCCAUGUUGAGGGUUCUGCUGUUAACAGUGGAGAAGACAACUACGCUGAGACUCCGCUUCAGCUGGCUUCAGCAGCAGGGAACUACGAGUUGGUGAGCUUAUUGCUAAGCAGGGGCGCUGAUCCACUCCUGAGCAUGCUGGAAGUCAAUGGUAUGUCUUCAUCACUUCAUGAAGAUAUGAAUUGCUUCAGUCACUCGGCUGCACAUGGGCACAGGAAUGUUCUGCGCAAGCUCCUGACCCAGCCCCAGCAACUGAAGGGAGAUGUCCUCUCACUGGAGGAGAUUUUAGCGGAGGGAGUGGAGAGUGACACCUCCAGCCAGGGCAGCUCCAGCGAGGGGCAGGUCAGGCUCUGCAAAACCCGAAUGAAGGCUCUGCAGGAGGCCAUGUAUUACAGUGCUGAGCACGGCUACGUAGACAUCACCAUGGAGCUCAGGGCACUUGGAGUCCCGUGGAAGCUCCACGUGUGGAUCGAGUCUCUACGGACAACCUUCUACCAGUCUCGUUACUCAGUCGUACAGACCCUCUUACGGGAAUUUGUCACCAUUAAGGAAGAGGACUAUAACGAAGAGCUGGUUAAUGAAGGGUUGCAGCUCAUGUUUGAUAUCCUCAAAACCAGCAAAAAUGAUUCUAUCAAUCAGCAGCUUGCAUCCAUCUUCACCCACUGCUACGGCAGCAGUCCGAUACCCAGCAUUCCUGAAAUCCGAAAGACGCUGCCCGCUCGGCUGGAUCCUCACUUUCUAAACAAUAAAGAAAUGUCUGAUGUAACUUUCUUAGUAGAAGGAAAGCUGUUUUAUGCACACAAAGUCCUGCUGGUUACUGCAUCAAACAGGUUUAAGACGCUAAUGACCAAUAAAACGGAACACGACAGCCAUGGCAGCAAGACUGUCGAAAUCAGCGAUAUGAAAUACAAUAUUUUCAAGAUGCUGAUGCAGUAUUUGUACUAUGGAGGAACAGAAUCUAUGGAAAUUCCCACCACCGAUAUCUUAGAGCUGUUGUCAGCUGCCAGCCUGUUUCAACUGGACGGCCUCCAGAGACACUGUGAGAUCCUCUGCGCCCAGACCAUCAGCAUGGAGAACUCUGUGAACAUCUACAAAUACGCCAAGAUUCACAACGCGCCUGAACUCGCCUCUUUCUGUGAAGGCUUCUUCCUCAAACACAUGAGCUCUCUUCUCGAACAGGACUCGUUCAAACAGCUGAUCUACAGCAGGAACAGCAAAGUGCAAGGCCUGGACCCUCUGCGGGACUUGCAGACAGCCCUGGCCGGCCGCCUGCACUCCGUGUACGUCACCUCCAGGGUGUGA